CUUAGAAAAAGCAUCAACAAUGCCGCAAUGUCUGUGUCUGAAACUCGUCGUAGUAGGGGAUGGUGGGGUUGGUAAAACCUGUAUGUUAAUGACGUACACAGAAAAAGCCUUCCCGGUGAAAUAUGUGCCAACGAUUGUAGGAGGCUACAGUCCCCUUGUGAUGGUGGAUGGAGAACCGGUGUAUUUAGGGCUCUGGGACACACCUGGACGGGUGAGAUAAGCUUUAUUGGUAAACAAUGAUGGGGACGCCUGCCACUAUUUAAUCGAAUUUCACGAAUGUAUCCCUAAAUCGAUCUGUCUAACCUGAACCCUAAAUCGAUCCCUAUGGCCUUACCUAAACCCUAAAUCGAUCCCUCAACCUAACCUAAACCCUAAUUCACUGCAACUAUAAAUAAACACACAAAAGACGCCGUGGCAGCUGUCCUCGGUUUUAGCCGCUUUAUUUUGUAUAUAAUGAUGGCACUGUUUGAAAUCAGGAUUUAUUAGACAAGACUAUCAUGAAAGUGUCUAUUAUAAAUUAAAUAAUACGUAUUUAGCUAUGUUACUAUGUUGCUAAUAAGUAGAUUGAUUUAAUAUGUUAAAAAUAGCAUACCUUACUUAUUGUAGGCCUACUUACACAUUCACAUCACAUAGAGCAUAGAGUUCAUAGAGGGAUAUACUUUUUAAAAACAAUAUUUAAAAAAAAAAAAAAAAAUUAAAAAUUUAAAAAAGUAGACUUCUGUAUUAAUUAUUAAUAAUUAAUGUUUAUUGUUAAACUUUUUAUAUACUAAUGUGUUAGAGGUACAUGAAGUAUCAUAUAUUUAACUCUAGUAAAUUAUAAUUAUUAUAUUAUACUCAAAUUAUACAGAAAGGCCACGAUCACCUGCGUACUUUGUUCUACCCACAAACUGACAUUUGUCUGAUCUGCUUCUCAGUUGAGAGACGUUCGUCAUUUGAUAAUGUUAAAGAAAAAUGGUUGCCAGAAAUAAAACAUUUUUGCCCAGAAACUCCUAUUUUAUUAGUUGCCUGUAAAACAGGUAUGUAUUCAAUGUUUAUAAAAAAAAAAAAUUGUUUGUUUAAACUUAAAGCUUUUUGUUUGAUUAAAAAUUAUAUUUUUGUUGGUCUCUGUUUAAGUUCCUAAUAAUUAAUAAGUAAUUUUAGUAAUAUUGGUUUUAUUUUAAAAUUAUUCUUUUUAAUAAUUUUAAAUAAUAAAAAAGCAAUAGACCAAAUUUCAGGAGGCAUUAUUAACUUUUAUGAAACUUCUGGAUUAAAAUUCAUAUAUAAUUUGCACUUGUAAAGUAUCAAUAAAUUUGAACUAGUCGCUGAAACACUUGAUGGAAAAGGCAGAGUCUACCACUAUAAUCAAAUUCUUUAUUUAUUAAGACCUCAGAUAUUCAAAUUACAAAGAGAGAAGCAUUACAUAUGAGGAAGGUCGAGCACUCUCUAAAGAGCUGGGAUUAAACUAUGUAGAAACAAGUGCUCUGAAUCAAUAUGGCUUAAAAGAUUGUUUUUAUAGAUCAGUAAGUUAAUGUUAAACUUUUAACCUCACUUUAAGGUGGUAUAGGCCUACAAAGUUGUUUCCUUAACAAAAAAAUAAUAAACAACAAUCUUUUCAAAACAAAGUUUUUAAAUAAAAUUAAACAUAACAUUACAUUGAUAGCCUUAAAAACAUUUAGAAGUUGUUAUGAGAUAAUGAAAUUUGCUUUGAAAUUUUAUAUUAGCCUUUAAAUUAGUUCUAUCAUACUAGAAAUGUCAGAAUGCCUUAUUUAUUUUUUUUAAAAUAUUUUAAAUUGUAUCAAUUUUAAUAACUAAUUAAGUUUGAUCUUUUCUUUCCAGGUGCAGAUAUUUAUUGCAAACACUAAAGCUCAAAAAUCAAAGUCUAUUUUUUCAAUUGGAAGUAAAAAAAAGAAUGGAGCAAUAUUACUUCCACCCAUCAUGCCCCCUGCAGGUAGUAAUUUUUAAACAUAAUAUUACACUGAUCAUCCUUUCAUACUUUUGUUAUAAAUAAAAGUAUCAUUUGAAGACACAACACUCUGAGAUAUUGAUCUAUAGUACUAGAUCUUUUUAAAAAACUGAUUAUUAUUUACCAUGCAAUAUUUCUCCAAUAACGUAAAUCUGAAUUUUUAAAAUGCUUAAAAAUAAGUUAUUUAUAAUUUUGUUGCAUCCUUAUAAAAUACUAUUAAUGAAAUAAGCUUACCAAUCUAAAAUAUAAACAUUGUAUUAUGUUUCUGUAGAAUUUGAAGUGAUAAAUAUUUAAAAGCUAAUUUACAUUCAUAAUUUGUUAGAUGAAAAGAUGCUUUAUCAUGAAGAAAUUAAAAAGAAUACACUUAUAAGAGAUAUAAAAAAAAAUGUGACUUUUCUCUUUUAAUGCUUGAUGCUUAUAGACUUUAAAGCAGAAAAGUUCACUUGAAGUUACUAGUUUAAGUUUAGUAAAGCAGACAAAGAAAUAGCUUCGAUCAAGUUCAUUUUUACUUAUAAUUAACAUUUUUAACAAGGUAAAGCUCCUUGGAUGGAAAUUGAAUCAUCAGUGUUUGCUACAGACUGGUACAAAGCACUUCAGCAUCCAAAAUUUCAUGAUGUGACAUUUCUGGUUGAAGGCACAAGAAGGUUUUAUGCACACAAAUUAGUUAUUUGCUCAGCAUCAAAUUUUUUUGGUAAAAUACUGGCGGGCAUCUUGCCAUCAAAUGUAUGUAUUUUUAUAAAAUGAUUAAGUUUUAUAGAACUAAAUUUAGAUGUUUUGAAAUAUAUUGUAUUAAAAAUAAUCAUUAACAAUUUCUUUUUACAUCCCAAUGAAAAAAGAGAAGAAAUAAUCACAGAAAAAAAUCAUUCUAAAGAAAUAACUUUUAAUGUUAAAAUAAGAAUAAUUUAAAUUUUAAUCAAAGUGGUUUUAAAAUAAUAUUAUCCUUAAUAUAAAUUUUAUAAUCAUUUUAACUUAAUGGACAAAAAACAUAUAUACAGUUAUUUAAUUAUAUACUAUUGUUUAAAAUGAAGUCUUUUACAUUCAGGAAUCAAAUCUUUUUAUUGUAAAAUGAAUAUUUGAAUUAAUGAACUAUAAAUAUAGUGAGGUAACUUAAACAUUGCUAAAUAGUGUAAAACUGUUAAUUACUUAAAAUACUUUUUAAAGUUUACCUUCAUAUUUUGAAGCUACUACUUUCACAAUACUGUGCAAGGCAUCUGACAAGAUGUCCUUUCUUUAUUAAAGUUUUAGAUUUAAAAAAUAAUAAUAAUUGUAACUAAGUAUUUAUUUUUUUUUAUAUUAAAAAAAAAUGAAUAAUAAUUUGGAGCACACAGCUGCCAGAAUUCAAUCAGAUUGAAAGAUUCAGUCGUGAUGACUUAAAUGCUGGAAAAAUAGAAGGUAAAAAAUACCCACAAAUUUUGAAAUUGAUAAAUAUUUUUUUACUUUUUAUAUGGUUGCGGUAGAAGCUUGCCUUGUUUACAUUGUGUUAGAUAGACGUCUUUUUUUAUAUCGGGAAUCGUGUGGGUGAACUUUGGCUGACCUUUUGUUUGGCAUCAAGACGGGAUAUGGCUUAGUUAUAAAUUGUCUCCCUUGACCUUGACUAGAUAUAAUCACAGUCUAAAGUUGAAUUCUGAGACAGGCUCAGGUACAGAUACAAUGCCUAACCCCUUUAUAGAAAAUCUCUAUGAAAUACUAUAAAUAAACCGAUCAACAUAGGAAAUGGAAGAGAGCUAGAUAGAGAAUGCAAGACAAAGAGAGAGACGGAGUUUGCAAUUACAAUACGAGUCGGAAGUGAAACGAAUAGACUAACAUACUGUACUGAUCAUAGAUUUGUACAAUCUAUUUAUUAUAUGUGUGUGCACCAAUAUUGUACCGGUACACAUUCAUUGCUGUACUGUAAGUGAAUAGCCUUAGAUUUAUUUUUAUUCAAUUUGAUUCUCUAUUAAAAGUUAGGUUAAUAAAUUAUUAUUUGUAAUUAGCACUAGUUUGGGUAUAGUUUUUUAUUACUUUAUUUAAUUAAUGGUAUCGUCCUUUGUGUUUUAUACUGUUUGUCACGAGCCAUAUAUUCAAACAAGAUAUUAAAUUCUCAACAAAUUAUAGCAAGAUGUAAUAAUUUACAUACCAGUAUAUAAAUAUAUAUAUAUAUAUAUAUAUAUAUAUAUAUAUAUAUAUNGAUGUGGAUGAAGGGAUGAAUGGAUAGAUAGAUAGACAAUAAGAUAGAUAAAUAAGGAGAUAGAUAGAUAAGUAGAUAGAGAUAUAAAAUAUAGUUAGUUAGGUAGGUAGGUACGUAGGCAGGUAGGUAGGUGGGUAGGUGAUAAAAAGAUGAAAGGUAGAUGAUAGAUAGAUAGAUAUUAUUUGAAUCCCACUGUCUUAUUUUUAUGCAACAUUAUCAAAAUUAAAUAAUUUAGUGGCUAUUUAGCCAUGUGACUAUCAGAAGCUAGUUAUAUAUUAUAUUCAAAACCUUUAAACUGAAAGCAAUUUCUGUUCUUAUAUUCCAGGAAUCUACUCAGUGUAUGAUGUCGGCUUAUCCUAUGGCAAAGACACUAUCAUUGAGAUAAGUGUAGAUAUAAAAACCAAGACGUUUGUUAGAGUACUAGAAUUUCUCUACACAGGUAUUAAACAAAAGGGUUUUGUUUUAAGCACUUGGUACAAUCAUUAAAUAUCUUUCAUAAUAAUAAAAAACUACAAAGUAUCAUCAAUAACAGUGAACUUUCCAGUCCACUAAUUUUUUUUACCCAAAGAGUUAUAGUCAGCUAUGGAAAUAGGGAUAAAAAUGGAGAUUUGAUGAUCUCAGGGCUGACUCAAGGCGGGUACGAUGCGUGAUCAUCACACAGGCGCCAUAAUAAAAUUUGAAAUUUUCCACAAUGCGAUUGAUACUGAAAAAUUGCGAUUACAUUUUGCAAAAAUAAAAUCAAGAAAUUUAGCUCUUUUGAAAUAGCCAAUUUCUUGCAUUAUUUCUGCCAAUUCUGCCUUUUUUGUAUUGAAUUUGAAUAAAAAUUUGUACAAAAAUGUUUGAAAAUUUCUGAACACUUCCCCUAAUUUUCCCCAGGGUGACAAUUGCCUAUUUUCACCCAACCUAAAGAUGUCUACCCCCGGCCCUGCAUGUUCUAGAAAUAUGUCGUUUGUCAGUUAAUUAGCAAAUAAUUGAAAAAGAAAAAAAAAACUUGUCUUUUAAUUAUAAGGAAUACCAGAAGCUGUAUAAAAGCUGUAAUCAGAAUGCAGCUGAUCAUUAAGCUUGGCACAAAUUAUUUAGGGAUGUGUAUUCUAGUUUUACAUGCUCCCAAUAAUAUGGAAUAAUUAAUAAACAGUGUUUAUUAAGUGAAUACUUUCUAAACAUAUUCUCAUUCAAGUCCUCUCAAAGGAGAAGUCAGCUGGAAUAUUUCAGAGCAGUCCUCACAGUGGCUUCAAUUUUUUUACAAUUACUAUAUAAAAAUAUACAUUACUCAUUUACAUCAAUGCUCUAAGUUUUUAGACAAGAUGCCCUUAAACAUUAAGGACCCCUUUCCUCACAUUACCUUUGAAAGGCCCUGCUCAUGUUAUAGGCAGCAAGAUUAUUAUUAUGUUUCUUAAUGGAGUCUUUGUUUUGAAAAUAUAACUUUUCAUAUUGAUAUCAGGUUUACCUAACAUACCAGAGGAUGCUAGUGAAAAGGAUUUGCAAGACCUGCGCCGUGCAUCCAUCAUUUUUAAACUACCUUACCUGACAACAAUCUGUGACAACAUCAUGAGAGAAGAAGAGUUCCUCAACCCUAGCAUUGGGACACACCUUAAUGACGAGACUGGGGCAAAGAUGAAAGAGCUUUUCUUUAACCAGCAAGCAAAUGCUGACAUAAUUUUUAAUGUCGAAGGUAAUGAUUGAUUAUAAUUGAUAUUUUUCCCUAUACAAAUAAUUAUUCUGUAGAUACAUUUUUUUUAAAUUGAAAAAUGUGUGCUUAGAUUUUAAAUCAAAUUAAUUAUUCAUUUGUCUUAAAGCAAGUCCUUUUUUCCAAAUAAAUAAUUUAUACACGUUUUUAAAAAAAGAUAUAUAUUCACCAAAUGAAAUACAUUCAAGAGGAUUCAGUAUGAGCAUUUACUUUACUUGACGUCCAAUAAGAACUUUUAUAGCUAAACUAUGCACACAAAGACACAGAAAAAAUAGCCAGUGAGAACUUAUAAUGUUAUUUUUAAUGUAUUCUUAUGAAACAUUAAAUUGAUGUAAGCCAUUGCAUUUUGUUUAACUAUAUUAGAUUAAAGAAUAUUUACAUUUGUCACUUGACAAUAUAUAUUAUAUGAAGUUAUAAAGCUAAAGUUUGUUAUCAUAGCAAUAUUUUAAUAUUAUAUUUUGAGAAAAUUACAUUUAAGUGAAAUGCUAUUGUGGCAUAACUUUUAUUUGUAAUACUUUUAAUGUAUUAUCAUUGUAAUUGCAGGUGAUCCAAUAUUUGCCCAUAAAAUUGUACUUUGUACUAGAAAUGAUGUAAUGGCUGCCAUGUUGUCAGGCAAUUUUAUGGAAGGCAACAAUGAAAGAAUUGCACAAGUAAAGACAAAGCAGUAAAACUUGUAGUCUUUAUACUUUACUAGGGAACACUUAUUAAACUAUAUUCUUGCAGUAAAUAUACUUUACAUGCUAGGGAACACUUAUUAACUUAUAUUUUUGCACUACAUAUACUUUAUGUGCUGGUGAACACUUAUUUAACCAUAUACUUAUCAUAUACAUUUUUUGUGUGUUUAAUUUGAAAUUUGAUUAAAUUAAUUUAUGUGUUAACUUUACGUUCAUGUUUUAUCCUCAAGGUCAAUAUUCCUCAUGCUACCAAGGAGAACUUUCUAGCUUUACUAGAGUACCUUUACACUGACCAUGCCCCACUUAAUGAGAGCAGUGACCUGGUUGGUGUCUUGUCUCUGGCUGAUGAGAACUGCCAGCAGCGAUUGGUCAACUUGAGUGAACUGUAUAUCAGCAAGGAGGUUGACAGAGCAUGCCAAAGCCCCAUUGAGGGAGCAGAGAUUGAUGUCAUUGGCUUAUUGAAUACAGCUCAUGUAAGUUUCCUGAAUUAAAUGACUGAGCAUGCUAAAGCCACAUUGAGAGAGCAGAGAUUGAUCUCUUUGGCCUAUUGAGUAGAGCUCAUAUAAGUUUCAUGAUAUUAAUCCCCAUUACAAAUUUGUUUGAAAAUAUUUUUACACAUAAGCAGCACUCCAGAAAAUGACAACACCUAUUUUACUUAGAAUAAAUGAAAUUUAAUUAUGACUUCCAAUUUUUUUUAUUUCAGACUUUUAAUGCCGAUCAGCUGGUAACAUUCUGUCUCCACUUUAUCUCAACAAACUUCAAUGCAUUUUCCAUGAGAAAAGAGUUUGCUCAACUAAAUCCCGAUGACAGUAAAUAUGUCAAAGAAAACAGAUGGCCUCCACUUGACUAUUUAAAAGAUGUGGAAGAAUAUGAACAACAGCUCUCAAAAACGGGAAAGAAGUGUGCUAUUCUGUAAUCUUAUUACAGAAAAGCCAUUAAAAAUGUACAGACUAUAGAUCUAUCUUGUAAACUUUCCAAAAACCGCAUGGUUUUUCUCUCUACUUUCUGGUAUUACACCUGUGAUGUGGGAAGUCUUUUUGCUAACAUCUGUAUAAAUAAAUACCUUCAGUUUAUUUUUAAAACUUAAAUUCCAAAAAUAUUAGCCAUGACUGUAAACAGAGGAGUCACUUGGGUUAUUGCCACUGGGUGUGAUAAAUUCGUGGUGUCACAACUUGUUUUCCGUAAAAAUUAAUCAAAUGUGUAAUUUAAUGUUUGUGGCGAUUUUCGCAAUUUUUUUUAUCCAUCCAUCCAACCCCCACUCCACAUUAUGUAAAAAAAAUUAUUGUAAAUAAACAGUAAACGUAAAAUUCUAUGACAAUAGUUUAAAUGCAAAAUGUAUUUAAUUACUUUAAAAUUACUUAAUUUCAAGAUGAUGAUAUUUAUUUUUCAACCAAUGCUUUAUUAUGAUAAAUUUUAAAGUGUUUACUCAACAUAUGAAUCUGAACUAUGUGUCGUAGUUAAGAAAAUUAAUGCACAUAUCUAUCAUUAUACCUGUACAACUCUUGUUGGGUGCCCUUGCUCUAACCAUUCCAUGUAUUAAAAGUGUUUGUUCCCUUGCUCUAAUUAUUCCAUGUAUUACAAGUGUUGGAUGCCCAUACUCUAACCUUUCCAUGUAUUACAAGUGUUGGGUUCCCUUACUCUAACCUUUCCAUGUAUUACAAGUGUUGGGUUCCCUUACUCUAACCACUCCAUGUGUUACAAGUGUUGGGAGCCCUUAAUCUAACAAUUCCAUAUAUCACAAGUGUUGGGUUCCCUUUACUCUAACCAUUCCAUGUAUUACAAGUGUUGUGUGCCCUUACUCUAACCAUUCCAUGUAUUACAAGUGUUGGGUGCCCUUAUUCUAGCCAUUCCAUGUAUUACAAGUGUUGGGUGCCCUUACUCUAAUCAUUCCAUGUAUUACAAGUGUUGGGUGCCCUUACUAUUCCAUGUAUUACAAGUGUUGUGUGCCCUUACUUUAACCAUUCCAUGUAUUACAAGUGUUGGGAGCCCUUAAUCUAACCAUUCCAUGUAUUACAAAAGUUGGGUUCCCUUUAUUCUAACCAUUCCAUGUAUUACAAGUGUUGGGUUCCCUUGCUCUCUUCAUUUCAUAUGAAGUAGUUAAUUUCUUAUAGUAGUUUUGACUAUUUAUUGAAUAACACAUAAAAUGAAGUUCUCACGCCAACAGCUUGUGCCUGUCUCGUGUCUGUUAUCUCUAUACGUCAGCUUAUCAUUAAAAUCAAUAUAAUUUUCAUGUUCAUAUAAAAUAUAAAGAAAC